UUCUCGGCCCCGCACUCACAAAACAAACAAAAAGUACGAAUAUUAUGCACUGUGGCUUUACAGGGACUUGACAACAGCGACCACCCGUAAUCUCCCUCAAAUCCAAUGUACCGACACUUCUCCGCAUUAUGGCCAAGAUUCUCGGGGAGGCGACUCCGGGUGUCAAUUCUCGUUUCGGCAGCGAAAGCAAUCACGGCGUCAGACUUGAACCCUGCUACUUUUUGGCGGUCCCUGCCGUUCUCAGGGGGACAACACCUAUAAAGUUUGAUCGCCUUGUUCUCGCUUAGAACGAGUCCUGAUGCUUUCCAUAGUACUUCGCGUUAUUUUAUGUGUAGGCUUAGCCCGUGCCACGACCAAUGGUCUAUGCGAUGAGCUGGGCUGCCAGCCUGACAUUCAAGUCGUCAUUGGGACCACCCGGUUCGUAGACCUUGUUUCAACCGGCCCACCAUUUCCAGAUCCUACUGGUGUCGCUGGUGCCUCAGUGGUGGGAGUGCAUCAGAAUAGUCAUGGGAUUGCUACAGUUACCUAUCAAGUUGCUGGGCAAACUACCCUUGUCGUCCCUCGUCCAACUCCUGCCGCUCCUGUACGGGCUGAAACUUCUUAUUACAUCGCAACGUCCACUGUUACCCGUGAUGGUAUCGUACGCCAUAUUUAACUUCGACGACAUCCAAUCCGUUUGCUUGUCCCUCUCC